AUGGAAGAAGUUGUUACUUUCGGUGUCCAGGAAAUAGUGAAGAAAGUUGCUUCACUUGCCGAACAUGAAUUCCGUCUUCUAUGGGGAUUCCAAGGAGAGGUGACAAAGCUGCGUGAAUUAUUAUCAAGGAUUCAAGAUAUGCUACAAGAUGCCGAACAAUCACAAGGUCGGGGUAAGGCUGUGGAAAGGUGGGUGAAGGAUCUUGAAGACAUAGCUUAUGAUGCUGAUGAUGUGUUGGAUGACUACGGAUAUGAACUUCUCCGCCGUGAGGUAGAAGUGCAAGACCAAAUGAAGAAAAAAAUGUUCAAUUUCUUUUCACACCACAAUACUAUUGUGUUUCGUUGGAAAAUGGGGCGGAAAAUUGAGAAAAUCAAUGCAUCCUUGGUGACUCUGAAGAAUGAGGCAGCUAGUAUUGGGCUAGUAGGUAGGAUCCCAAAUGCAACCUCCUCUCAUGAGAUUGUAGUUGACAGGGAAACUGUCUCCAUCUUUAAACAAGAUGAAAAGAACAUUGUUGGAAGGGAGAAGCUUGUGUCAGAGAUAGUUGCAACCUUGAUCAACUCAAGGAAUACUCGAGAGAAUGAAAAUCUGCCCGUGAUGGCCAUUGUGGGAAUGGCCGGCUUGGGAAAAACAACUUUGGCUAAAUCUGUAUAUCAUCAAGAUGAGAUAGGCAGACGCUUCACUGAAAAAAUAUGGAUAUGUGUAUCUAUUCCUUUUGAGGUCAAGUCAAUUUUAAGCAAGAUCUUGGAACAUUUUAAACGGGCCGGUAUGCAAGACAAGGAUGCAAUAAUCAAAAUUCUUCAAGAAGAUCUGAAAGGGAAAAGAUAUUUGCUCAUACUGGAUGAUGUGUGGAACGAAGAUUCUGACAAAUGGAAUGACUUGAUGAGUUGUUUGUUAAGUAUUGAAGAUACCCAAGGAAGCAAAAUCAUUGUUACUACCCGGAGUGUGAGGGUUGCAAAAAUCGUGCACACACUUUCUUCCAAAUGGUGCGACUUGGAAAAACUGUCAGACAAUCAAUGUUGGGACAUUUUGAAGGAUAGAGCAUUUCCAAAUGAGAGUGCUCCUAACUUAAAUGAAGAACAAGAGAAAAUUGGAAGGGACAUCGCCAAAAAGUGUGGAGGUAUUCCAUUAGUUGCAAAGGUUUUGGGAAGUAUGAUGCGGUCCAAAGAAAUUGAUGGUUGGCGGGUAAUUCAAGAAAGUACAAUAUGGGAUUUACCUGAAGAAGAAAAAAAAAUAUCAUCGGUUUUGAAGUUGAGUUUUGAUGAAUUGAAAUCACCAACUUUGAAACAAUGUUUUGCCUGCUGCUCAAUGUUCAUCAAAGAUUCUGAAAUUGAACAAGAUGACUUGAUUCAACUUUGGAUAGCUCAAGGAUUGCUUCACCCUUCUCCCAAAAAUAGUGAUAGAGAGAUGGAGGAUGUAGGAAAUCAAUAUUUCAAUAUUCUGUUGGAGAAUUCUUUUUUUCAAGAUGUUAGAAAGGAUGACAAUAAUGUGAUUACCCACUGCAAGAUGCACGAUCUUGUGCAUGAUCUUGCAGAAGAUGUCUCAAAAUCAAAGACCAAGGGCUCCAAUGAGAUUCGACAUGUGCCGCAGAAUUCAACCAUAGAUCUACAAAAUAUUCCAAAAGGAAUUGUUCAUAAAGUGCGCUCAAUGUUUUUGAAAUGUGAAGUUCUUUAUAACAUCUUACCAAGAUUUAAAGGUUUGCGUGUCUUAAAAUUACAGGAGUAUGAUAUUGAUGAGUUGACAAAUUCAAUUGGAAAGUUGAAACACUUGAGGUAUCUAGAUAUUUCAGCAACAUAUAUCAAAAAGCUCCCCCAAUCUAUUGGCAAGCUUUAUAACCUACAGACGUUAAGAAUGCAUGACCUCAAACUUGAAGAGUUUCCCAAGGAACUGCAAAAUUUGAUCAACUUGAGACAUAUUCAUUUUGAGUAUUGGCAUGGAGAUGGAAGAUAUCCAGUUGGCAUGGGGCGGUUGAAAAAUCUGCGAUCAUUAUCCUUUUUCAUUGUGGGUAAGGAGAGAGGUCGUGGAAUAAAGGAGCUGGGUGGCUUAAAGCAUUUGAAAGGCGAAUUAUCUAUUUAUGAUCUGAAGCAUGUGAGAGAUGAAGAAGAAGCAAAGGAGGCAAAGUUAGUGGAGAAGACAAACAUACGCAGACUAAAGUUGUUAUGGUCGGUAGACGAAUACAGGUCAGGGGUCAUCAAUAAUGACAGGGAUGUACUAGAAGGCCUUAAACCGCACUCUGCAUUGGAAAGUUUAGAGAUUCACUACUUUAGUGGUGAGACAUUUCCACCCUGGAUGAUGUGUGGAGAUUUGUUUUCUUCAUUGAAAAGAUUAACUGUUGAAAAUGCAAAGAACCUAAUUGAAUGGACGGAAGCAACGACAAGGCCAACAGAAAGAAUAGUUGUGUUUCCCUGCCUUGAGGAGAUGGUGUUGAGUAGGUGCCCCAGGCUGGAGUGCAUCCCAGUUACAAACGGCCUCCCAUCCCUCCGCGAAUUAUAUAUUUCAUUUUGUGAUGAAUUAUCAAGCCUACCGAGUGGGUUACAACAUUGUACCUCUCUUGAGCACUUGUUUAUUGCCUAUUGCCCGAAUCUCGAAGCUAUUCCAAGUUUAGACAGCCUCACACAACUCCGUCAGUUGCAGAUCUAUAACUGUGAUGGAUUAAAAGAUGUACACCCCAGUGCGUUCGCAGCAUCCCUCACCCGCUUAAAGAAAUUGGAAAUCGGUGGGUUUUGGAAGGAGCUCGAUUCAUUUCCUGCUUUUCAAGUUAUUCCACAACUUGAAGAAUUAGACUUGUGGGGUUGGCCGAAGUUCAAGUCUCUGCCUGAACAAGUUCAACACUUCACUUCUCUAACUUCUUUGUUAAUACGGCACUUCGACGACAUGGAGGCUCUUCCAGAGUGGUUGGGAAAUCUUGCAUCUCUUGAGAAGCUAAUUAUAGGGUGGUGCAAGAAUCUAAUGUAUCUACCUACGCUUGAAGCUAUGAAAUGUCUCACCAAAUUACAGGAAAUAUGGUUUCUCGAUUGUCCUCUUCUGGAAAAAAGAUGCAAUAAAGACGGGGGCCCAGAGUGGCCCAAGAUUUCACAUAUUCCACACAUCAAAUAUUGA